GCCAGUGCGCAGCUCCCGCGCACGACUAUAUUAACUAACGGCAUGGCGCGGCGCGAGCGCUGAAAUUCCUCCGCUGCUACUCAGUCUGUGAUGUGCUCGCGCUCGGGACAGGGGCACGGGCACGCUCCACACCACUCUGGCACUUCUGCACGCAAGAUAUAGGAAUAUAAAUCCAUUCGUUCCUCGCUUUUUGCGUGGUGGACUGGCAGAAGCCCAGUGUCUUUUGGAAACAUUGGGUCAUUUCCAGUCGUCUGCCAUGUAUGAGGGGUCUGAGUCCGUGGAGACACAGGAAGUCAGAACUGAGAGCACCCUUGGGUCCUCUGUCUCCGCCUGCAAGAAGGUUAUGUGCAGUAACAGUGUGCUGGAUUCAUCUGAGUACUGGUUGAAGAACGAUAAGACGCUCUGCAGAACUGGAUUUCUGGAGGACCAGCAUGAGGGAAGCUGCCCUAAAAUCUGCUUCAUAAACCUGGACAGACACACCUCUGAUCACCAUGACGACAGCUUUGUUAAGAAACUGGCCUCAGUAUGCCCGGAGCUGCCUCGCUUAAUUGAGUCUCUGGGAGUGCGGCAUCCCAAAGAAAAUGAGAUCCUGCUUCUCAGCAGCCUCGAGUCACCUGACACCUGCCAGCAUGACCCCAGCAGCCCACGGAACCAGAGAACUGCUGAUGUCUGUCUGGUACAUUGUUCCUGUGGUCGUCGUCCUUCCCAGACAAACAAUGUUAUUUUUGAAAUCAACAAGUUUCUGAUUGGUCUACAGUCAGGCCAGGAAAGGCAGCGGCAUAGCCGAUUGGCUGGUCAGCGGGCUGCCGAGGAUGACACAAACCGCUCCGUUUCGUCCAUAGAAGAGGAUUUCCUAACUGCUUCAGAACAGCUUGGGGAAGACAGUGAGGAUGACCCACUCAGAAAUGAUGCUGAGAUUUCUGCCAUGUCAGAGUCGGUUAAGGUGUUAAGAGCAGCCCACGCUCAAAGAAAGAUUGAAAUGGAAAGAGAUGACAGCGAGGACUCAGAGACCCUCUGCACCUCCUCCAACUCCCAGAAGCUCUCGAAAACAUACUCAACCUCCUCCAGAGGCCCAUCCGCCACCUUAAAACAAGUCAGCCGUCACACCAAUGAGUCAGCCGGUCACUAUGCCACCAAUCUGGCAGAGUCUGUCCUUCAAGAUGCUUUCAUUCGUUUAUCGCAAGAUGAACCUUCUUUUGCCCCGGAGGCGGCUGUGAGUGUCUCCAACGUCUCGCAACACUCAGGUGAUGUGAGCCACUCCACUGAUGAGCCGCAGAGGGCUCGAGCCUGCUCUUUUGAACUACCUAAAAUUGUGAUUGUCCAGAGUCCUGACAACAGUGAGGAGGUGACAGAAUGGCCGGAAGCACAGUCACAUGGAGAUGAAGUGCAGAAGGCCACAACAAAACACGGUACACACCCCAAGCAUAACUCUCCAAUUGGACACCCCAUUAAGCCAGUGGAAAUAGCAUUGGCGUGUGCAGCGAGCAUCAUCGGUACUAUUACCACCCCUCAGGUUACAGAACAGCUCACAUUGGACUCAGGAGAAGAUGAUUGCGAGGAUGAAGAAGAAGGGAGUGAAACAGAACAAGGGGAGUAUUCAUUUUCCGCCGCAGUAUGUGGAAUGUCUCAGGUCGUUGGAGCAGUAGCUGCAGUAGAUCUCGCAGAAGACUCUGGAGAUACCGAAGACUCUACAGCGAUGUAUUCUGCCUCUAUGGGACUUCUGUCAGCUGCCCAAGCCUCGACUGCAAUACCUCUUCACUGUAGCAUUGCAGAGGGCACCAGCGUUGAGGCUUUUAGGGCCAAUGUGGCUGAAGCUCUCCUCAGGGAAGCAUCGGCUGUACUCACCCACAGACAAAGUUACUCAAGUGUUGCAAAUUUCCUUGAGACCACACAUAACAAGAUAGUAGAUGGAAUCACAAUUCCAAGAAGGCCCUAUCAGGAACAACAGGAGGUGGAUAAUUUCACUCAGGAAAUAUCAGACACAAUCUUUCAAUAUGCCCUCGAGAAGGCUGAAAAGAAAAAAGAGCUGGAGGGUCCUGGAAAAGAUGCUCCAAACAUUUAUACUUUCCUCUUGAAUUGCUUGAACGAUGUGCUCUUUGAUGUCCUUCAUGUUACGUCAAGAAAAAUCAGUGACAUUUCAAAAUGUAAUUCGGGGUCAUGUGACACGCAAGAACGCAACGGCAGCUUUAGGGAGUGUGAGGCUGAUUUCAAGUCUGGCAGAGAAGCAUUAAGCCAAUUACAGAAUUUGAUUGAGCCAAGCCAGGCUUAUAAUCAUGGUGAGAGGCGUAACAGUGUGGAAAAGCUGUCUCUCCUUAUAGGAAAGAGAGAUAGAGAGCAGAAAAACAUUCUGGAGGAGAGAGAAAACGAGCCGAAACUAAAAGAACCCUAUAGACUUACUCUGAACAGAAUGACUGCCACUAUAGUCAAAGAACAAUCUGAGCUGCAAGGCCAGCUGGGCAGGAGUGAGAAAAGUUCAAACUCGACACUUCCUUCGGCUGAAAGCUCACCGCUUCAUGUACCACGCGGGAAGGCAGGAGGAGAGAACGACACCAGGCAGCAUUCUUUGUUGUCCUCUUUAGGAACACUUAAAAUGGAUUCGGCAGAGUCCAAAACUCCUGUCACAUGCUUCGCUGAAGACUUGGCGACUACAGUGGUCUCCAUGGCAACAGAGCUGGCAGCGAUAUGCCUGGAGAACUCAAGUGGAAAGCAGCCGUGGUUCUGCGCCUUAAAGGGUGGUUCAGAAGGUCCUGAGGGGCUGCUUCUUCCCUGCUGCACAGCUGUCGCCCUCCGCCGUAAAGAGGCACAGAAUGGUACAGCCGUCACUAAGAAGCACAGACCUCCACGCCUCAGUGAAAUCAAACGUAAAACCGAAGAGCAGCCUGAGCUCAUGGAGCGCCUGGUCAACCGUGUUGUGGAUGAGACCGUCAACCUAGAUGAACCCACGAUCUCUGACCCAUUCGCGCUUUUUGCAUCUGAGGUCACGGCCAGGAUAAUGAACUGCCCAGAGUUAAGCGUGGUGGACACUUCAAAGUCUGGCCAAUCGUCUCGAAGCCGUUUACAGUGUGAGAGAUGGAGCAGUAGAGGGAAAGCAUCAAGCUACGAGAGCAUUCCAGAAGAAGACAUGGAUCCUUCCGGAAUGCCAAACACUUUGGGACCGGGGAACAGGCUUGGGCAUAAUUUGAGCAGAGGAAGCUCUAUCUCCAAGCAGUCCAGCUGUGAGAGCAUUACGGAUGAGUUCUCUCGCUUCAUGGUCAACCAGAUGGAGACAGAGGGCCGUGGAUUUGACCUUCUGCUGGACUAUUAUGCUGGAAAAAAUGCCAGCAGCAUCCUUGCAGCAGCGGUUCAGCAGGCUGCCAGUAAAAAAAAUGGACAUCUCAAUGUGCGGGCAUCAUCUUGUCUCUCUAAGCAAUCCAGCACGGAGAGCAUCACAGAGGAAUUUUACCGCUUCAUGCUGAAAGACAUGGACAAGGAGAACAAGGAUUACAGCAUGACCAAGACCAAAGAGUGGAGUAAUAGUCUGUUACCACCAUCCCCCAGAACCCCAUUUUGCAUUCGUCAGUCGUCUGUUCCCGACAGACGAUCUUCAGAUUCCAGACUAACUGUAAACUCUCCCAUCAAGGCGAAUUCAUUCGAUGGUUUUGCUCGAAAUGUACGCGGGGACUCGCUCAACAUCUAUCCGAGCAACUCCGUCUCAUCGACUGGACUCUGCAAAUCAGAUUCCUGUUUGUAUCAGCGUGGUCAAACGGACCAAAUCACAGACAUGCUAAUUCAUGAGACCUGGGCGAGCUCUAUUGAGUCUCUAAUGCGCAAAAAUAAGAUCAUCGCGGAGCCUUCGGAAGAUAGCGUGGAACUGGAUUCUGCAGAUUCACAGCCGCAUGUGCAGCUCUUUGCUAAUCGGCUUGCAGCAGAUAUCGUAGAGAGCGGCAAAUCUUUGAUCGGGGGCCAGCAGGAAGCGAGUGCGGCUGCUUGUCAGUCACAAGUUCCUGUUGGAGAGAAGCGGAAUGGCUUUAAACAGUCUCGCCGAGAAAGCGGUGGAAAAUGGCCAAGUGUACAGCGUCAUGAAAAUAACGUUAACUCCCACAGUUCCUCCUGCAUGAGGCGAGCAUGGCGAGGUCAGAGGGAGGUACCGGUGAUCCACAUUGAACCAGAUCAAAGAGAAGAGGUCUCUGAAGAUACAGGGAGGGACAGGGCCCACCACAGAGAAGCUCCGCAUCAGGUCCAGCCACAAAGCAGCAAAGAGAGUGGGACAGUGGCUAGAAACAGCAGUGCCAAAGACAGGCGUUCAUCAGAGGCCACAGUGCCCUCUGCAGAUGUGGAGGUGGAACGACACUCUUUCAGCGCUAGCAGUGAGGAAAGUGUCUCAGGCAGCUGGGCCCAGAUUGCCCCUGAUGACGACCCCCAGGAGGAGACCAUCAGUAGCUUUAUCCAGUUAAGCGAGGGAAAUGGGAACAGCAGUGCUUCCAGCAUUGGAUUGGCAGACCUGGAGGGCUUUCCAGACUACUCCAUCUCCAGCAGCCUAAUCAGUGAGGAGAGAGAGAGGAAAGCACCACACUGUCAGGAUCCGGCAGACGAAGUAACAUCAGGUUUGUCCACCGCAGCCAGCAGUUGUCAAAGAGAGCUCCUGGUGGUAAACUGUGACCUGGAGUCCGAGUGUGUGGAUGUAGAACUGAGGGCAGCACUUCAGUGGAUCGCUGCAUCUGAACUUGGAGUACCAGCGCUGUAUUUUAACAAGACUCAGGAGCACAAUCUCACGAAGUUUCACAGAGUGGUACAGUUGGCCAAUCAGAAGGCUUGGUGUGUAGGAGACUUGUUCAGUGCCGUGGCCCAGUUCUGCCAACUCGACCAGGAGCGGACUGUGCCCAGCCUGUUUGACUGGAUAUUGAAAACCAAGCGCUAGAGAGCCCACACAUCCACUGCAUGGACCAAAAGCUGGAGACGCCACAUAUCCGUAUAUAGUCUGGAACGCCAACAAACAUCUCUUAAGACCACCUCCCCACACAGAGACUACUCCUAUAAUGCAACCGCUUCAACAACCAAUUCCUUUCAAUUCGUACGAUAUUCACUACUUGGCUCCACAAAUUCUGCUGUUGCUGUACAGACACAUUUUUCCAGAGCUUUAUAAGCUGCUGUGAGUUUCCACAUAUCACAGGUUAGCAGGUUGGUUUUACAGGUAUUCAUGGCUCUCAAUCCCAGGAUCCUGUAAGCACCAGCACAUCUCACAUUCUUCCCUUUGAUAUGCUCAUUAAGAUUCACCGCUUACACCCACUACAAACCUUUAUCCUGAUACCUGCACCUUCUGUCACAAGUGUACAUCUUUUAUAGAUCACAGAAAUUUUGGGAUGUACUGUAGAAAGAAAUGCCUUGUCCAUAACUAUCACCACAUAAAAUGAGCUGGAAAUGCCCUUUGGCACGUUGCAUAUCUCAACAGAUUUCCCUUUAAAUUGCGCAUGUUCCUGUCUUUACGUGCACGGAAACUUAGAUCCACUAGUUACCAGCCAGAUCUGGUUAGAGGAACAUGGUUAAAACCAACCAAUCAGCCUUGACGUUUUGUAGCCUGCAGAUUUUUACCGUACGACAAACCCCUGUCAAUGCACAAGACUUUAUUAAGACAAAAUAUGGAAGCUAUGCUGUAGGGAUUUAAAUCUAUUUAAAUGUUUGUAUAGAUAUAUAUAUAUAAAGAUCCCAUUCCAAGCACACAAGAUGUUUAUUUAAAGUUUACAUUGGCAAACACGGUUUUAUUGUAUCUCUCAGACGGAAUUGUGUGUUUCGGUUUCUGUGACUGCUGUUAUUUAAAAGAUUUUAUUUUGCCUAGAUGUAAAUAGUUUAGACUGAGUUAUGUACACGGACUGCAAAUGGAAAUUUCAGGUUUUGUUUUUGAUUGCCCAGACAGGACCACAGGCUAACGGCUCACCGGACUAAUGUCAAAGUAUAGAGUGUUUAGAAUACGUGCGGUACAAUACAGUUGUGUCACGUAAAAGUCGACUUGUAAACGUGAAAUCUGGUGCGUUACGGUUUUCUCCGCAUAGUGACAUAAUAGUAAUGUAAGUGUUUUAAUAUCAGAGUUGGAAGCACACAAAACUAUCUGGUCUGUCACAGUAUACCUGAAUGUAUUUAUCUUUUCGAAAUAAAAAUUGCGUACGGUGAUUCAGAUGUCUGCAGCCU